AUGUUUCAGGAAGUGAAUUUCAGCUGCUGCGGCUCUGCAUGAAAGCAUGAGAGAUGUUACAGAUUUAUGAGUUUUAAAUCAAAGGUCUUGAAGGCUACCAGACAUGGAGAACUGGAGCCUUAUUUCUCUUUGCGUCUUGCUGGGUUUAACGUCGAGAUGGGCAGUGUCUUUUCACUCUUACUCAGGUGCAGGUAAGCCGCCAAUGUUUGGGGAUUACGAAGCGCAAAGACACUGGCAAGAAUUGACUUACAAUCUACCCGUUCAUGAAUGGUACUUCAACACUACAAAUAAUGACUUGAAUUACUGGGGUCUUGAUUACCCUCCUCUAACAGCCUAUCACAGUUUGGCAUGUGCAUAUAUAGCAAAGCUGUUCAAUCCUGAAUGGGUGGAGUUGCAUGCAUCCCGAGGCUAUGAAAGCCACUCUCACAAGUUGUUCAUGAGGGCAACGGUGCUUUUUGCAGAUGCUUUGAUCUACAUUCCAGCAGUUUUGCUCUACUGCUUCUAUUUUUGUGAUGGAUCUCCUAAACAAAAGGUUGCCACAGCUUUCUGCAUCCUUAUGUAUCCAGGACUUAUGCUGAUAGACUAUGGUCAUUUUCAAUAUAACGGUGUGAGCCUGGGUCUGGCUCUGUGGGGGGUUUUAGGACUUGGUUUGGGCUGGGACCUGUUUGGUUCUGUGGCCUUUGUCUUGGCUCUCAAUUACAAGCAAAUGGAAUUGUACCAUGCGCUGCCUUUCUUUUGUUACCUCCUGGGAAAAUGUGUCAAACACGGCUUAAAUGGACAAGGAUUUUUUCAUUUGGUCAAGAUCUCACUGACUGUACUGGUGACCUUUGCCCUUUGUUGGAUGCCCUUUUUGUCAGACCCCAAACAACCUUUGCAAGUUCUUCAUCGCCUUUUUCCUGUUGGUCGGGGCCUGUUUGAGGAUAAAGUGGCAAACACAUGGUGCAGCUUGAAUGUGCUGAUAAAGAUCAAGACCCUGCUGUCCAGAGAGACUCAGCUGUUCCUCAGUUUUGCUCUUACUGUGUUGUUUGUCCUGCCUUCGUCUCUAAAACUGCUGUCCAAACCGACUCUCUGGCAGUUCAAGCUGGCUUUGGUGAACUCCUCCCUGGCUUUUUUCCUCUUCUCCUUCCAAGUCCACGAGAAAUCCAUCCUUCUAGCAGCCUUGCCAGUUUGCCUUGUCAUCAACGAAAUGCCUCUCAUCGCUGUUUGGUUUCUGCUAACAUCAACUUUCAGCAUGCUGCCCCUGCUGCUAAAGGAUGGUUUGCUGUUGCCGUACGUGGUGACCUCACUGGCGUUCCUCUUUCUGAGUCUGUAUCUGCUCUCGGCUUUAGAGAGAAGUACGGAUGAAGAGCUCAGGCUCGCCCCCUAUCGCAAACUCACACAACACUUCCUGCCAAAGCUCAACCUCAGCCGGAUCGUUAAAUGGAAAUUCUGGUUGUCACUGGUGGCCAUGGCUGCUUUGAGCAUUACGAGUGUUUGGUUGGAGCCUCCGGCCAAGUUGCCAGAUCUGUUUCCGGUGCUGGUCUCUAUCUUCUCCUUCCUACACUUUCUGGGCUUCGUAAUUUAUUUUAACCUAGUCCAGCUGAUGGAGCCACAGAGAAGAAAGAAUCAGAAGAAAACUAACUGAAACGUGCCUUGACAUGUUGAAACUGGCCAAAAUGAUGGAGAAGGGAGAGGAGGACAAUCGCUUUGGUUUGAAUAGAACAGGGGGAAUAGUUUGGGAAAUUUCAGUUUCCCUCUAAUGAGGUUUAGGAAACUUGUUUGAAUUGGGAAGAGUGAGUCCAGUGAAGGGGGAUACAAUUUUGCCAGGAAGUCUCUCACUUACAUGCCUUUAGUGACCAAAUGAGUUAGUGGGGUAUUGGUUUUGUGUAAGUGACCAAGGUGUCAGGCCAUUAUUUUCAGGAACAAUUUUGAUACGUCAUUAAAUGGUUUUGUAUCAAAUUAAAA